UGAAGGAGAAAGGGGGGUAGAAAACCUGCUCUGCUCUGCGCUCUGGAUGAAAAAAACGCGUAAACUACUUAUAGGCUAUUCCCAAGGAUAUUGAUAAAUCUUCGUUUUUCUGGAGAAUAACGGGAUUAUCCCAAGAUACAAGUUGCUGCUACAAUCAUGGAACCCAUACCCACAUAAAUUUUCCUAAGGCUUCAGAGACGUGGGAGGCCAUGGGGAAAUUAUGAACCUCUUAUAUACUGCAGCUGAUACCUUUUAAAGCUGCUGUGGCCACUUUAUUUUUAAUUCCUUUUUUUUAAAACAAUCAUUCCCCAAGGUUUUUGGCACAAUAUUCUCAAAAUCUAGAUUCUAGAGACCUUUUAGUCCAAGGUACAGAAUAACACCUUCAAAAUAUUUGCCAGGGAAUAAAAUUAUUACAUUUUCCCUCUUUUACUAUUCUGCUACUUUUCAAUCCCAGAGGCACCAACUGAUGGAGAAACAAAGGAAAGAGUCAGGAUAAAGAAAAGAGAAAAAGUUUCAGGAAGUGAAGGGAAAGAGUGCCUGUUGGCCAGAAAAAUUGGAAUAGGGUUCCAGUGAUCAUUGCUAAUCUUUCUUUUUUACAACUUAUCUAAAGUGAAGCUGUGGCUUGGCUCUGUGGCCUAUCAGACCAACAAUUCAUCAAAAAGACAGAAGACAACUUUCCAAAUUUUAGUAUGUCAAUGGUGUUAAGAUUCCUAUGUUGGCCCCUGUGGCCUUUGGCCCUUUUCAGCAUGCUAGCUACAGUGGACAUGCUGGAAUUUGGUGGGGCAACAGGCCAGUAUGCACGCUAUGGGCGCUGGGAAGCUGGAUCCGUGGGUGAGCUGAGCUUCAGUCUCAAGACCAACAUCAGCCAAGCCUCGGUGCUUUAUCUGGAUGAUGGUGGGAACUGUGACUUCUUGGAGCUGCUGAUUGCUGGUGGGCGCUUUCAAUUGCGCUUUGCCAUCCACUGUGCUGAGCCAGCCAUUUUGCACAUGGAAACACGAGUGAAUGACGACCGCUGGCACAUGGUCUUGCUCACCCGCAAUUUUCGUAAGACUUUGCUAAUAGUGGAUGGAGAGACAAAAUUGGCUGAGGUCAAAUCAAAGAGGAAGGAAAUGGCAGUGGUCAGUGAUCUAUUCGUGGGUGGGAUCCCUCUUGAUGUGCGCCUCUCUGCUCUGACCUCCAGCACUGUAAAGUAUGAGCCACCAUUCAUGGGCUUAAUCACCAAUCUAAAGGUGGGGGAGAUGCCACCUACACUGUUAAACAGCCAGGGCAUUGAGAGUGACCUGGAAUACCUUUGCACCAAACAAAACCCAUGCUUCAAUGGAGGGUUUUGUUCAAUUCAAUAUGGAGAAGUUCACUGUGACUGCACCCACACCCGCUUCAGGGGGAAGUACUGCAAGGAAGCUGAAGAGUAUGCUGUUGAAGGUCUGGCGCACCUGACGUUAAACGACCAAGGUGACUCAUCUCUAGCUGGUAAGGAAGAGUCUGUUGCCACCUUCAAGGGCAAUGAGUUCUUCUGCUACGACCUUUCCCUGACACCAAUCCAGAGCAGCACUGAUGAAAUAACGCUGUCCUUCCGAACGCUACAACGCAACGGGCUCAUGCUACACACUGGGAAGUCGGCAGAUUAUGUAAACCUUUCCCUGAAGAGCGGCGCGGUCUGGCUGGUCAUCAACCUGGGCUCAGGGGCGUUUGAGGCUCUGGUCGAGCCAGUCAAUGGCAAGUUCAAUGACAACGCCUGGCAUGAUGUGCGCGUCACACGCAACCUGCGCCAGCACGCAGGCAUUGGACACGCUAUGGUGACCAUCUCUGUUGAUGGUAUUUUGACCACCACGGGUUACACCCAAGAGGAUUACACCAUGUUAGGCUCCGAUGACUUCUUCUACAUUGGAGGAAGUCCCAACACUGCAGACCUGCCUGGAUCACCAGUCAGCAACAACUUUAUGGGCUGCCUUAAAGAUGUGGUGUACAAGAAUAAUGAUUUUAAGCUAGAGCUCUCCCGGCUGGCCAUUGACCGCGACCCUAAAAUCACACUGCAUGGUGAUCUGGUGUUCCGCUGUGAGGAUGUGGCUGCUCUUGAUCCUGUAACGUUUGAAACUCCUGAAGCUUUCAUCUCCCUGCCGAAGUGGAACACCAAGAAGACGGGUUCAAUCUCCUUUGACUUCCGCACCACAGAGCCCAGCGGACUGCUGCUGUUCAGCCACGGACGCCCUCAGGGGCCUAAAGAGCAGAAGCCUGGGAGGGAACUGAAGACCGAUUACUUUGCUAUGGAACUGCUGGAUGGAUAUUUAUACCUGCUGAUCGAUAUGGGUUCUGGAAAAACAAAGCUCAAGGCAAGCAACAAGAAGGUCAAUGACGGAGAAUGGUGCCAUGUGGAUUUCCAGAGGGAAGGAAGGAAAGGGUCUAUCUCAGUCAACAGCCGCAGCCUGCCCUUUUUGUCCCCAGAGGGCAGUGAAAUUCUGGACCUGGACAGUGAUAUGUAUCUGGGUGGACUGCCUGAGUCAAAGUCGGACCUCAUCCUGCCGCCAGAGGUUUGGACGGCGCUCCUGAACUACGGAUACGUUGGCUGCGUACGUGACCUCUUCAUUGAUGGCAAGAGCCGUGACGUACGCCGUCUGGCUGAGAUCCAGAGUGCUCUCGGCGUCAGCAGCUUCUGUACCCGCGAGCUGCAGAAACGCUGCAGCAGUGCCCCCUGUGGCAACGGUGGUCUGUGCAAGGAGGGUUGGAACCGGUACAUAUGUGAAUGUACUGGCACUGGAUACCUAGGCACCAACUGUGAGAUAGAGGCAACAGUUCUGAGUUAUGAUGGCAGCAUGUACCUUAAGAUCAUCAUGCCCGUCACCAUGCACACGGAGGCAGAGGAUGUGGCGCUGCGCUUCAUGUCACAGCGGGCGUACGGCCUGCUCAUGGCCACCACCUCUAAAGAGUCAGCGGACACCCUGCGACUGGAGCUCGAUGGAGGCCGUGUCAAACUCACUGUCAACCUUGAUUGUAUCAGGAUAGACUGUAGCCUCAGCAAAGGACCUGAGACACUGUUUGCGGGGCAGAAGCUGAAUGAUAACGAGUGGCACACUGUGAAGGUGGUGAGAAGAGGCAAGAGCCUGCAGCUGUCUGUGGAUAAUGUCACAGUGGAAGGCCAGAUGACUGGUGCCCACACACGCCUUGAGUUCCACAACAUCGAGACAGGCAUCAUGACGGAGCGCCGCUUCAUUUCCGUUGUGCCCUCGAACUUCAUUGGCCACCUACAGGGCCUAACUUUCAAUAGUGUACCAUAUCUGGACCAGUGUAAAAAUGGGGACAUAUCCUACUGCGAGCUGAACGCCCGCUUUGGCAUGCGUCACAUCAUCGCAGAUCCUGUGACAUUUCGGACAAAAGGCAGCUACUUAGCGUUAGCCACUUUACAGGCUUAUGCUUCCAUGCACCUGUUCUUUCAAUUUAAAACCACCACACCGGAUGGCCUCAUGCUCUUCAACUCUGGAGAUGGCAACGACUUCAUAGUUGUGGAACUGGUGAAAGGGUACGUGCACUAUGUCUUUGAUCUUGGCAAUGGCCCUUCACUAAUGAAGGGCAACUCAGACAAACCACUCAAUGACAAUCAAUGGCACAAUGUGGUGGUGUCCCGGGAUGCCAUCAAUGUACACACGCUCAAGAUUGACUCGCGCACCGUAACGCAGCACUCCAAUGGAGCCCGCAACCUGGACCUCAAAGGAGAGCUGUACAUCGGUGGCGUGACAAAGAACAUGUACAGCAAUCUGCCCAAACUGAUUGCAUCCCGGGAUGGGUACCAGGGCUGUUUGGCCUCUGUGGACCUGAAUGGGAGACUCCCUGACCUGAUCGCAGAUGCCCUCCACAAGGUGGGGCAGGUGGAACGAGGCUGCGAUGGACCCAGUACCACCUGUACGGAGGAGUCCUGCUACCAUCAGGGGGUCUGUCUCCAGCAGUGGGAGGGCUUCACCUGCGACUGCACCAUGACGUCCUACGGAGGCUCAUUUUGCAACGACCCUGGGACAACUUACAUCUUUGGACGAGGUGGAGCCCUCAUCAUAUACACCUGGCCACCCAAUGACCGGCCGAGCACGCGGGCAGACCGGCUGGCAGUGGGCUUCAGCACGCAGCUGAAGGAAGCUAUUCUGGUCAGGGUGGAGAGCGCCAAGGGACUGGGGGAUUACCUGGAGCUGCACAUAGAACGGGGGAAGGUCGGCGUGAUCUUCAACGUGGGAACAGAUGACAUCACCAUCGAGGAGAGCGCGGUGAUGGUGAGCGACGGCAAAUACCAUGUGGUGCGAUUCACACGCAGUGGCGGUAAUGCCACACUUCAGGUGGACAAUCAGCCCGUCAUCGAGCGUUUUCCCUCAGGGAACUUUGAUAAUGAGCGCCUGGCUCUUGCUAGACAAAGAAUCCCAUACCGACUUGGUCGGGUAGUUGAUGAGUGGCUACUCGAAAAAGGUCGCCAGCUGACCAUCUUCAACAGCCAGGCGUUCAUUAAAGUUGGUGGUGGAGAGAAGGGGCGCCACUUCCAGGGCCAGAUGUCAGGCCUGUACUACAACGGCCUGCAGGUAUUCAAACUGGCAGCCGAGGGCGACCCCAGCGUCCAGACCCAGGGCAACCUGAGGCUGGUGGGCGACGUGCCCACGGUGCUCACUACCGACACCACCUCCACCACCCCACUGGCUGAUAUGUCCACCACCAUCAUGGAGACAACAACCACUAUGGCUACAACUACCACCCGUAAAGGGCGCUCGCCCACCAUGAGGGACAGUGUCACACAGAAUGCGGAUGACCUCUUGGUAGCUUCAGCAGAGUGUCCAAGUGAUGAUGAGGAUUUGGAGGAGUGUGAGCCUGGAAAUGGAGGUGAAUUAGUGUUACCCAUUAUAACAGUGGAUUCCCUAGACCCCCCCUCUAUUGCCACCCGCUACCCAGUAAUUCCCCCGCCUCCCACCACCUAUCGCCCUUUCCUCACUCUGCUUGAAACCACCAAAGAGUCUGUCCCCAUGCCCAAUGCCCGCCCCCCCUGCCCCUUGGACCAAGAAGAGUGCGAGGAGACCAUAGAGGUUUCGGGUUCAGGGGAGAUGACAGAGACUGAUGACGAGGACUAUUACAAAAACUCCCCUCUGGUCACUGAUAGGACUGUCCUCCCUCCUCCCCCGGCAGUCGAGGGCGGGGUCCAGAAUCCCCGAGACCGCCACUUCUCUCGCUACCCUAUCUCCCACCGCCCACCACUUUCCUCCACCCCCACUGCCAACCCCGACCAGCUUGGCCCUCGUGUCAAACCGGCUUCUGGCGGCAGCAGCAGUAGCAACAAUAUCCCUGCUGGCAAAAUGAACACCCGGGACCAAGUGCUGCUGCCGCCGGCCCACCCCUCAUCAGAUCCGGGCCACCACAGAAUCCCAGGAAUAACCUACCCCCCAAAUUUCCCCCAUGUUCCCACUCCAGAUCCCACAUCUCCAGAGAGAGGCCUCCCUGGUGCUGUAGAGGUGCAGCAGUCCAGCAGCACCACAGGAAUGGUGGUUGGCAUUGUAGCAGCAGCAGCACUCUGCAUCCUCAUCCUGCUCUACGCCAUGUACAAGUACCGCAACCGAGAUGAGGGCUCCUAUCAGGUGGACCAGAGCCGCAACUACAUCAGCAACUCAGCCACACAGAGCAACGGCGCUUUGGUGAAGGAAAAACAGCCAACUACUGCCAAGACGGUCACCAAGAACAAGAAGAACAAAGACAAGGAGUACUACGUGUGAGGAAGCACUGCCAUCACACGCAAAAACAGACAGCAGGUGCACUUAGAGAAGGAAAGAGACAAGAGAAAAAAGAGAUAGAGGGAGAGGAGGCAGUUCCAAGAGAGCAGCAAACACACAGCGGCGUAUUCAGUUAAAAUUCAGGAUUGUCAAUUCAGGUAAUAGCGAAACACAGCAGAAAAAAUAGUACAGAAGCAGCGCUGUUCUAUUCACACCUUUGGGUGUUUCUUUAAAUGUUAACUCUGGUGUGGAUUAAAAAAUAUCCUGCUACACCUACUUUUAUAUCUUUAUAGAUACAGUGCCAACAACCACAGAGGCAAUGGUGAAACAGUAAAUCAGUAAUUUCUGGGUUAGCAUUUUAAAGGUAAUUAAAAGUCUUAAGUACUGUAAACAAGCAUCACCAAAAGUAUUUGCCGUUACUUUAUUUUGAGCCACGUGGUAAGAUAAGACUAGAACUAAUGUAUCUGCAAACACUAAAACAGAACAUGAAUUACCAACCUGCCAGCAUUGUCAUAAUAAUUAUUUGCUGCCAUCUUACAGUAAUACUUCAGCUGUUCUACAUAUGGGAGUCAAUAAACAUCUCUGAUCUCUCACAUAUGGAUGGAUCUCUCUCUCUCUCUCUCUGAUUGGCUAGUGCUCUUUGUUUCUCUUCUUGUCUAGGGUGCCUAGCAGAUGAUGCAAUGCGAACUCUGCCAUGUUUCAAGCAUGUAGUAUUCAUUUACGAAAAAGAGAUAAACAGUUUUUCUUUCUGUGGCGUUUUAAAAAAACAAAAAAAAUAUGAUGAUUGAUGAUCAUACCGUUAAACGUAGCAACUAUGUGAGAUGCCAUCAAGCGCCAACCUAACGGAUGCUAACUUGUACGUUUAGCCACCAAAAACGUAAGGCCAAAGCCACUUGGCCCAUCUUUGUUCCAGCAGAUAUAUGUUGUGUGUUUCGGGACGCCAAGGCGCCCUCAAGUGGGCCAGCAAAGAAACUGUCAUGUUCUUACAGUUACUAAUCACAGAAAAAAACUCCAGCAAACCAGAAGAACUCGGUUCUAUAUAACUAUAAAUAUAUGUAUAGACGAUGCAGAAACUUAUGGACCUAAAGCGUGAGCAAGUCUAUAAGUAAGUUUGCUGACAGAGCACAAGGAAGAUGGACUUUGGCAUUUUUUGACAACAACCAACUCCCUAAUCUUGACAACCCUGUUCCUCCCAUGAACAGUAUGGCUGAUAAAAUGCCUCAUGGCAAGAUUCAGCUGCUAUCUUUUAUUUUUUCCUCAUUUCAAAAUAAAUGAGAGACAUUUUAGGAUAAUUCUGAUUUCAUAUUUGUGGGUUCCAAUGUGUGGAGAAAUCACAACGGAAAAAAAGAGACCACUUUUUGCCCUUCUCUUGCCUGACUGGACUGGUGGCAGCCAAAGGGCAAAACUAACUUUGUGGGAGGAGUAUCCACAAGAAUGGCUAGUCCCUGGAAGAUGUACAACUGAACUUUAGUAUUCCAAUUUUCAACUCUAUAAAAAAGUAAACUGAACCAUGAAAAGAAAAUUCCUGAAACAAGUUUGUGAAAUGUCUAAAUAUUUGACUCUCAUCCCAUUACUGAGACAGACAUGUGUUUUCCCUGUUAUCACCCCUGUUUGGAGAAAAAAUGACAAUGGUUCUGGGAUUCUGAAAUUUCUUUGUAUUUUCUUUUGGCAACUAAGCAAAUGUUAUUUGGGUUAUAUAGCAUUCCUGAUUUUCAGGGGGAAAUAAGAUCAUAUCUUAUUCUGUUUCUGUCAUUCUUCAUCUUUUUUUCCUUUCCUUUUUGUGUUCUGCAUCUUUUCCUUCUACAACAGAUUGUCCAUCUGUCAAUCUUUUUUUAUUUGACAGGUUCCAUCAAUUUGUCCCUGUCAUGUUUGUCUGGUUAUUCUCCUCCUUCUCCAUUCCAAACAUACGCCUCCCAGUAUCUACCUGUUCUUUCUAAAUGUUAUUGUAAAGUGUUCCAGUGAGAUAACUCUAAAUAUGUGUACAUUAACAGAGGGAAUACACUUGGUUAUAUACUUCUUA